CGGAUUAAUCAUCCCUACAACGUGCAGGCGAUCGACCGAUCUAGAUAUCUCCGCCAUCGACGCUCUUCGUCCUCUCCUCCCUUUCCCUCCUUCAUUCACCUCCCUUUCCCCCUUUUAUCUGCGAGCUGGUCUUUGCAGGUUCAGUGACUGGCAUCAGGCCCCCUGUCCCCUGUCCCCUGCCAACGCCCCCGGUCGCAUCGCUCUCCUGAGUCCCUGACCGUCUACGGGAGUAAUAUCUCACCUCCUCUCGCGUUCACUGCGUCAUUGCCACUCUUCCCUAUCCACCGCAUCAUGAGAGCUGGGGCACUGCAACAAUGGCCUAGACUUGCUGCCUAUCGUUACUAGCUGCUACUUCAUCGUCUGCAGACAUGGAUUUCAUUCUGUCCUUGACGCAUUUCUGCGAGGUGCAUGGUCCUACCUCGAUCAUCUGCUCGCAGGUCCUACCUCUCUCCUGUUCUCAAUGUUACCCCGACAAACAGGAUUACUCUCCCGACGCAACUCCUGCUAGCUCCCACGAGGCCGAUCUGCCACAUGGCCUGCACGAUCCUCUUCGUGACACGAGGUCUUCCCCGUCGUCGCAUAGACAUUCCGUCUCAUCCCCCAGGAUCGAAGACCAUCCCUACUUCCUCAAAGUCAAAACGUCGCAGAGUCCGUCCAGCGUCGAAAGGCCCCGUCCCAUCAGUGGCACUGAUGGCGACACGUGUGCGAGCUGUAGUUUGUCCUUGCCCGAAGACGUGAGCAAACAGCUCCCUCCUGGCGCACCAGGCACGGCCACGCGCGACGGCAAAGGGAGAAAUGGCAGCCCGGUCCUGCGCUCCAGAGAGAUUGUUUAUUCCUGUGGGAAUAACCAUUCUCAUUCGGAUCCCGACGACACCGCGCACGACUCUCAUUUGCAUUCUUCCUUUCCCGACUCCUUUCACUCCUCAUCCGUCUCGUCAGAUUCGUCGUGUCAUACGCACAUGCUCACCUAUCUCUCGCUCCGUGGGCCCUCGGACCCUGCCGACUAUGCCCUUCUUCGACGCUCCUCUAUCCGCACUCUUAGUUGCGAACUCCUUCCGCGCGGUCUCUCCUCCGGCCCAUUGUGUUUUGGCGACUCGGCCACUGGUUACACCAUCGCGUACAUUUUCCGUCUUCCUGAUCCCAUGGCUCGUGGCAAGCGUCGCAGUUAUGCGCUCGUCGCUCUCGCCGGCAAAGACGCCGGAAGGGCUUUCCGGGCCUGUCCCGUGAUCUGGCGCGCCUUUGGCAGGAUCGCAACAGGCAUUGUCAACUCCGCAGAAAAGUUUCAAGAGGAACAGAAGCGGCGUGAGGAGCAGAAUUUCAGUAACAAUAACAGCAAUAAUGGGCCGAAUCGAAUCGGUGGCCGACAGUAUACGCCUGUCUCAUCCUUCCUCACUGGCCGCACGGUGGACCCGGAUGGUCAGCCUCGCCGACACGGACAGAUCCGGGCCAGAAACCUUACAGAAAUUGUCGGCAAUGAGUAUAUUUUUGCAGAACUGCACGCGAAUUUUGUCGCGCUCUUGCAGCAGUUGGGCUCAAUGUUUGGCGGCGUCCCCAUUUCUGAGGAACGAAUCGUCUGCAGCACCUUGCGCGACGAAAAAGGGAUGAACUCUGCGUCGCGUUCCGUUAUGAUGUCGACUAUGAAAGAUCCGCGGCGCGAGAGCACCGCCUCGUCCAAGUAUGAUGGCCGUGAACUCGGUGUAUCUACCGUGGAGAUGUCCACGGGCCCAAAGCCCAUACCGAUCGCACCACGCCGGCCACUUGUGGCGUGAGACUACACAUCUCGGUUUCUGUGUAGCGAUUUUACACCGGAACUUCGUCCACCCCCCUACGCCUCAUACGCAGUCGUUUCGCCUUUCCCUCAAUCAUCUUCUCUAAUCUCUCUAAUUUGAGGACGACUGACAUUCCGCGAUUCAGAUGUAUGCGACCUUGCUUAAGAUUUCCAUGAUUCUGGAUGUGGCAUCUUGUGUUUUAUCUUUUUUCAGUUUGCAUAACGGCAUGUUUUCUUCACGAGUGGAUCUCAGGUAUAGACUAGGCGUCUUCAGACAUGGCAAUGGCGUUCAGGGAUCUGUUUUAUCCUGUUUAAGUCGGGCAUAUUUGCUUUUCAGCGUAUUUUUUAUUUUUUUAUUUUUAUUUUUCCUUUUUGCUUAUUUACCCCAGCGUGGGCAGGCGACUGGAUUGUUUUUGUUGUAUGUUUGGUCUUUCUUCGAUUCUGUCGUGUCGUUCUUAUGUCCCUAAUAAGCUUUAUUAAUGGGGAGGAAAUUUGGUGUCAUUCACGAUUGGGAUGACCGCUAUGGGAGGCAUCGAGCGCGGCGUGGUGUCCUGUAUGCUGCUGCUGCACUAUUGGAGGGCUGUAUUAUUUUAGCGCUUUCUGUAUUUUGACAGAAUCGAAUGUACUACUGAUUGAAACUGAGUAUGCG